AUGGCAAGCACAGGACAGGUUCGACCAGGCACGAGCGCUUCCCUGGGAGCAGCUGUUGUAGGGGAGGCUGGAGGAAAGGGCAAGGGCGUCGCGGCCGAGGAGAUGUGGCUCAACGGCCCGUUCAAUGCUCCCGUGCCGCCAGGACCACUAGAGAUUUUGUUCGUGGACGAGGAGAUAGUGGUGUGUAACAAGCCAAGUGAUCUUCUUUGCGUCCCGGGGCGGAUCGAGAAGGACUCGCUGGCCACAAGGGCUGCCCUGGAGCUGGGACACUACCGGGUGGACAGAAUGAUCGUGCACCGGCUAGACAUGGCGACGUCCGGCUGCGUGAUCAUGGCCCGCACGGAUGCAGCUCUCAAGGACCUCAACCGGCAGUUUCGAGAGCGACAAGUGCGCAAACGCUACGUUGCGAUCGUGCACGGUGUCCUCUGGGCGGACGAAGGGGAGGUCGACCUUCCGCUAUGCAGAAAUAGGGGCUGCCCGCCGCUCCACAUGGUCAACUUCGAGCACGGAAAGCCAUCGCUCACGAAAUGGCGAGUCCUGGACAGGGCUGCCGACCGGACAAGAGUCGAGCUCAUUCCCGUGUCGGGCCGUUCGCACCAACUGCGACUUCACAUGAAUGCAAUAGGUCACCCAAUCCUGGGCGACCACUUCUACGGCACCACGGACUCUCUCGCUCUCGCCGGCCGGUGCCUGCUGCACGCGCACACGCUGUGCCUUCGACACCCGAAAACGGGGGAGAGGACAAUGUUUACCGCUCCUUGCGAAUUUUGA